AUGGUCCCGGAAUCGAUACAUGUUGGGAGGUCGACUUUUGGAACCCGGCAGACAACUGAAGCUUCACUGGCAACGGGCCCCUUCCCAUCACAAGAGCUUGAUUCGACAUGUGUGGCUGGGCAAUUCUCGGAUGCUGAAUCAGAUGAGGACCCCGCACAGUCAGACGCCAAACGACAACGGGUAGACGACAAUACACAAAAUGCGAGACUCAUACCAGGCAACACCUUGCGUCAAGACUCUAGCAUGAACGGACUCGUCGUGUCCGGCAUCACUGCAAGUCAUUCUACGCAGUCUGUUGACACGCAGAACAUUCCUUUUCCAUCAAGUCAGAUUUAUUCCCAAGCAACGCGCGACUCAUCCAACCUUGAUAGCGAACCAGCCAUGCCAACGGCUAGUCAAACCUUUGUGAGAAGUGCUUCUAUGGCACAACUCCCGUCUGCAGUCCGCCGUCUCGCAGCUCUGGUAGGGAUCCCGGAAUCGUCACAAGCUAUCAUUCAAAGCACGUUACCCACGUUGUUCAAACGACCAACAAGUAGCGCAUCAAGUAUGGCUAACGAUCGCCGGUCAAUCUCUGGCCUCGAGCGCCAUGGUUCGAACUUGUUUGUACCGGCUCGAUCCUCUUCAGUUAUCCCAGAUCAUUAUCUACGGGCUUUGACCGAACUCCAGCCGACCACACGUAUGACCAAUACUCUGUCUGAGGUGCAGCGAAGAGUACUGCUGAGCUCUCUUCAAGUUCCGACUGAACCUCCGACCAAAGGCCUACAAGGCCAUGUCAGUCAGAGUAGCAUACAUGCAGAGACAGUGCCAGCCUCAUAUGCUCCUGCAGUUACCAGCGCACCGACAAUUCCUUCAAAUAUUACCCAUCUAUCACCAGCUCUCUUGGAUUCUUCUUCUUUGAUAUCGACGAAACCCACACUUUUACCAAGCCCCGACAUUGACCCCAUCUUCUCCGCCCCCAAAUUCGGAGAGUCCUCGUCUGAACCAGGUGGGUUCACGAUGCCGGCACGCGGGACGUUCUCAAUACCUGCUCCCAGCUCGAUUGGAGAUUUACAAGCACUACAUUGUGACUCGCCAUCGGCCAUCGAAGAUCCAACAACUCCGCAUUGUAGCCAGGGCGAUCAGUUUGGUGAAAGUAGCGCCCAACCUUCGGAGAUUAGCAAGCCCACUGAGAGUGUAAUCGAACAGCUUACACCUUCAGAGGCGCCUAGUCAAUCAACACGGAAGCGCAAAUCUAGAGCAUCUAAAGUCAAAGCAGAAUCGCAAAACGAUGAAUCAGUGAAUGCCGAACCAAAGGUAGAAUUAGUCAAACCGCCCCCAACAAUAAACGGUAAAAUAUCCCAUGGCCGUAAAGUUCCAGUCGGGUAUGUAAAGCGAACACCGAACUCUUUCAUUAUGUUUCGAUCACAUGUCAUUGCCAAUAAGCUGCUUCCUCCGGGCGUGGAAAAUGAUAACCGACAGAUCUCCAGAGUCGUCUCAGGAUUAUGGGCUGGGCUUAGUGAAGAUGACCUUCGAACAUGGCAGACUGCUUCGAGGGAACUGAGAGCUGCUGCACGCGCCAAGAAUCCCGAGAUCAAACAUCCACCAAAUCAAAAACGUAAAGAUAUCAUUAGACGAAAGAGAUCUGGUCAACUUCCUGGUGAAACUCCUGAACAGCGAGUCGAAAGAGAGAAAGCACGAGCAGCAGCCCUAGCGAAAGUCAUCAUUGACGCACGUGGAGAGCGACUUGACAAAGACAAAUUGGUUCAACUUGCUGGGAUAUCUUUACCCCAGCAACAGCUCGCUGGAUCCUCUCGUACGCGUGACAGCUCUCGGGAAGCUAGCCGACCUGAGUUUCGUGCUCCAGCGUCACUUGGAGUUCAGCUCGAUGCAAUCGCCUCGAGUACACUAUCUGAAUGCGCUGGGUCUGUCUUGACCACCUCUCCACGUCCCAAUGCCCGUGGAAUGCUUUCUCCGAUGCCAGAGUCAGUCAAUGAAGAUCUAACAGAAUCAACUUUUCCGAUCUUGAAACCUGGAGCCAAGAGUAAGACAAAAAGAGCUUCAAGAGCUUCAAAGUCUUCAUCAACUCAACAAAAAGCCGAUGGUGCCCAACCGACCCCGAAGCCUAGGUCUUCAAGGAAAGCCUCGGAAUCUCGCUGCGCAAACGAGCAAACACGCGAGGAAUCGGUACCUGCCCUUACGGUCGAGUCCACUACAGGCACUCAGACAACCAUUUCCUCGGCAUCUGCUGAACAAUGUGAAUCUAACAAAAUAGAUUUAGCCGCAUUUUCAAGUAUGUUUGAUUGUCUGUCAGAUCACAUUGGAUCUUCGACCUUUCCAGACUGUUUUCCGCCCGACAUGUUCGAAUCUCUUGGUCUUGCCACUUCGGGUCCAAGUAAUGUACCUUCAACAGGUCCAUCGUCUUCCGAAACAGCAAAAGAUAACGUCAUUGACCCCAAGAUACUAAAUAUGUCUUCUGCUCCUGCUGUAACGGUAAACAAUCAAUCUACCGGUGGAUUCUGGAGCAAUCCAACUGAGUCGCAAGGAAUGGGACCUCCUGACUCAAAUUUUAUGAGUUCUGGGGGCUAUGCGCUCUCUGGGUCCGAUCAAAAUCAAUCAUCAGCUUUGAACGAGGGUCGACAAGAUGAAUUUCCAUCAUUUGAUAUGCUCUCUCAACUUGUUUCUUCAGAUCACCUUGAUUUAAGUCAAUUCAUCGGUCAUCGAUAUGCUUCACAGCCUCAGUCCAACCUUAGCUCUACGGAUUUUGAUUUGAGCUCACUAUAUUUGGGAAAUGGUAAUUCAUCUGAUUCAACAGUCUCGCAUUUACACCCAUUCUCACAUUCUGGAAUCGCAGGUGCGGGCACAGGAACAUCUUUUACGGCCUCACAAGAUCACAAUCCGUUUGAAAAUUUACAGGCGCCCAAUGAUUCAGAAAGUCUUGAAAACUGGGGAUGGUCACAACUUGGAAAUUCUUGA